AUGUCGGGGGAGCAAGACAUAGGAGACAGUCGCCCUCCCGGAGCGGAGGAUUUGCCUCCAAUCGACGAAGAACCCGGCUAUUUUCAACGAAGACCCCCCAAUGAACAGCCUAGCGGUCCUCAGCCAGAGCAGCAGCGUCCGGCCCCUCAACCAAGACAAAUGUCACAGCGAAAGGAGCGGUCGCAAGAUCAGCCGAACAACCCGCGAGAAGCAUUCAUGCGGCAACCGACCGAACAAGCCAGCCUGCAUUCUAUGAGUAGGCCGCAGCAGCUCUCUCGAAACCUGAAAUCCAAACUGGCUUCCCGCCAGCCAUCUCAAAUGACUCAAGGGACAGACAAUUCUAGGUUUCACAACAUGGCGGGCCCGCAAGAAGCCAACUCGAACGAUAUUUAUGUCCACCCCGAGUACCGCGAGAUGAACCCCGAUUACAUGAAGAACCACGAGUCUCCUAUCUGGGGCUUAGCGAAACCGCUUCCUCGCGUCGUUCGACCGGGUAUGCGCCGUGAUCCCACUAGAGGAGACACAGGAGCCUACCAGACAGAGCCCAAGGGAGAAUCCGAAGCCGUCCCCGAGAUGAAGGUGACCCCUAGUCGACAUGACGAACCGAAGGAUGGUCCGGCCACCCCGGCCACCCCGGCCACACCUUCAGCUCAGAAUAUCUCAAGCCGUGGGACCUACCCGGGCAGUGCUCAAACCGACACUCCCGUUGAGCAAGGAAUCAUGAGUCCAGAUUCAAGUGAUCGAGUCAGCCGCCCUGUUGAAACCGAACUUACAGGGCAGUGGGAUCAACCGCAACCCGAUGACCAUGAAUUUGUGAACACAUGGGCGUUGAUUCGGCAUUGGCUUCGGGAGCCACUGGCCGAAUAUCUUGGGACCACAGUUUCUAUGCUCUUCGGUUUGUGCGGCACUCUUGCGAUUACUAGCAGUAAUUACCAGGCUGGCGAGCGCUUAGCCAUGUAUUGGUCUUGGGGACUCGGCAUCAUGGUGGGUAUCUACCUUGCUGGUGGCGUUAGUGGUGGGCAUUUGAAUCCGGCCAUUUCAAUCGCGCUUUGGGUUUUCCGCGGCUUCCCCGGCCGACAAUGCAGUUACUAUGUGAUUGCACAGAUUCUUGGUUCUCUCACGGCUGCGGGCCUGGCGUACUGCAUCUAUCGUGAUUCUAUCAUCAGCCUAGCUCCCACGACCUCCAUGGGAGCAACCGGGCUUGGCUUCUACACUGAGCCGCUGGAUUAUGUCCGCAACGUAACGGCAUUUUUCAACGAGUACCUCUCGGCCGCCAUUUUAAUUUGCACAAUCUUUGCUAUGGGCGAUGACGGCAAUGCGCCGCCUGGAGCGGGUAUGCAUUCCUUCAUUAUCGGCUUGCUGAUACUCGUGCUAUGCAUUGCCUUUGGCUACAACACUGGAGGGUAA